AUGGUCGGUACGCGUUCGCGAAAGGCUGCGUCGAUGCAGAGCGACGAAGAUAGGCGGCGUUACCUAGCGGAGGGCGCGGCAGCGGCUCAGAGGGCUGCCCGCGCGGACGCCGAGAGGUCGGAGGGCGCCGAGGCGGCGCGCCCCCUCCUCACCCCUGUAACGUCGUCCGACGCGCUCAGCGAGCGUCCGCGCGCCGCUAGCGCCGAGCCGUUUGGCGUAGCGGCCGCACCACAGCACUCCCUCAGGGCGGACGACUUCACGAGGCCACCGGGGUCUCCCUCGCAAGUAAAUACACUGCUGUGGAGCAGAGAGCUCCGCAAGCGGUUACGACGACUUGCGAGGCCCACACCGUUACCACUGCGACGGGCGAGAACGAAACUUAAGGACGUCGCAGCUACGCAGCAGGGAGGCACUAUGGAGUCGAGCACUCCGUAUGCACCUGCCCCUACUCAGUCCGUGCACUCAUGCGCUAAUAAGAUGAAAAAUAAGAACAAGACGCUGCAGCUGCAAGUGAACCACAUAAAGCGAGCCGAGCAUAUGUGGCUACAGAAUAGCCAACGAAGAAGUUUCCCGGACGAGCUGCGCACUCUAAGCGCAGGACGCGAUUUGGACAAGAAAUCGCGAAUAUACAAUCUAGCACCCGAGCUGUGCGACGACGGCGUGCUGCGAAUGAAGACGAGGUUAGGAAACGCUCCAGUGUUGUACACAUCGGUACGACCCGUAAUAUUGGACGGCAAGGACUCAUUUACCAGACUAAUGGUCCAACGCGCACACAGGCGAAUGGCGCACAUUCAUAACGAGGCAGUGGUAAAUCAGCUACGACAACAUUACUGGAUAUUACAACUGCGACCUACCGUGAAAGCUGUAGCGCGAGACUGCGCGCUGUGUAAGCUACGUCGAGCUUCACCGCGAGCGCAGCCCCUUGGCGAUCUACCACCCGAGCGGCUACAGGCUUACCAGAGGCCAUUCACAUACACCGCGCAAGACUACCUCGGGCCUAUGUACGUGACCAUAGGACGACGACGAGAGAAACGCUGGGUGUGUCUGUACACAUGCCUAGUAACUCGGGCUAUUCACCUCGAAACUGUACAUAGCCUGUCUACGGAUAGCGCUCUACUGGCGCUAAGGCGCUUCGCCGCACGAAGAGGAUGGCCGAGCGUUAUGUAUAGCGAUAACGCAACCUGCUUCAAGGCGGCAUCGAACGAGCUGCGCGAGGCCUACAGGCAAUGGCUUCCGCAAUUGCAACACUACGGCGUGCAGCGACGAAUGGAUUGGAAAUUCAUUCCCCCCGGCAACCCAUCUGCAGGCGGAGCUUGGGAGCGAAUGGUACGCACCGUGAAGACAGCGAUGCUCUAUACCUUCAACACUAGAGCACCGAAAACCGAAGUGUUCGAGACUCUACUGGCAGAGAUCGAGAAUAUCGUUAACAGAAGGCCGUUAACACACGUGAACGUCGACCCAGAGAGCGAAGAAAGUCUCACACCUGCGCACUUUCUUCUACUUCAUAACGCUAACUUACCUAUGAUUGGCGCUUACGAGGAAAACGACAAGCGACAAUGGAGGGCUGCCCAGGCGCUAGCAGACCACUUCUGGCGGCGCUGGACCAAGGAGUACUUUCCACUGCUGGCACCACGCAAAUCAUCCGACGACGGAGGGCGACAGAUCCAGCCGGGAGAUGUUGUCAUCAUUUCUGAACCCAACGGACCACGCAGCGUGUGGCCUAAAGGAGUCGUCGAGACCGUCUAUCAUGGACCCGACGGGAGGGUUCGCUCCGCAGACGUCAGAACGAGGCACGGGACGCUACGCAGGCCGAGCUGCAAGCUGGCGGUCAUCGCGUCGCAACCCAUGCACCAGGAGUCUUCGACUGCGGGGACAAAAUGUUAG